CAACUUUUACCGCUAUAUGUAGGUGACGUUUCAGCUCCAAUAAGCCUUGUUCUCUGUGUUUCAAGCGGAAAACAAAAAUGGCCAAAAACCUUGAGAUCCAGAUCGAAGAAAAGAAGCCAAAAUUCCCUAAGAACUUGUUGCUAUUCCUACCCAAACUUCCCUUCAACAGAAAACGUAGCGUUGAAGUUGUGAUCCAAAACAAACACAAUGAAAAACAGUUGAGUGAUGACGACAACACAAUUAGCAAAACUAAUAAGGCAGCCGAUGUUGUGAAGUUCUCGGAGCCUCGUCCGGCUGUUCCACCGCCUUUGACGCUUCAGGCCGACGACUCUGGAACCACUUCCAACAAAAUAAUUCUCUGGCAGGUAUAUGCCAUUGGUGGUAUCUUCUUGGUGAAAUGGAUAUGGGCAAGAUGGAAAGAACGGAAGGAGAUGGGAUCCAAGAAGGAAUCACCCAAUGAAGACGAACAGCCUCCUGCCGUCGAUGACUCUCAGUAUGUAUGAUUCUCGAAUUUUGUUUUAUGGUGCAGUUUACAUUCCCAACUUUAGGAGGUAUAGUAAAACCAAGACCGUAUCGUAGAUUGUGUAGCUAAUGCUUGUUUGCUGCUUUGUUGAACUUCUUUAUCAUCACAAAUACAAUUUCAUGUUUUUCUA